GUUGACCAAUCAGUAGGAGGAGCGGGGUCUGACCAGUGCCUGUUGAGAUGGCUGAAGGGCUGAGGAAUAUAUUUCUGCGGCCAGUCAGCGAGCAGAGCGUGAGCGUGACAUUUUAUGGUAAACCAAUCAACUGAUGAGUCGAGUUGAUGGACGGGCGCGUCAAACUAAUCGACGGGAAUGGAGAUUGAAUGACAGCGGCCGGUAUCCAAUCUUCGGGGGAAACCGGAGACUGACAGUGAUUCCGAGCCAAUCAAGCAGCAGAGGUUGGAGAAGUGGCACAGACAGGCAGCAGGGGGCGGGAGUAGGCGGAUCCUUUCAGGCCGCGGCUUUGUGGGGGCUCAGGGUUAUGCCAACUGCUGCUCCAUCCUCCUGACCUCCCUUCAGCAUGGAGUUCCCUGACCACAGUAAGCACUUGCUGCAGAGCCUGCGAGAGCAGCGACACCAGGGCUUCCUCUGCGAUUGCACCAUCAUGGUGGGCAACACCCAGUUCCUAGCACACCGGGCCGUGCUGGCCUCCUGCAGCACCUUCUUCCACAUGUUCUACAAGGAGCGGCUGGACAAGCGGGAUCUGGUCUGCAUCAACAAUGAGAUUGUCACAGCACCAGCCUUCGGGCUGCUGCUGGAGUUCAUGUACCAGGGCAUGCUGGCCUUCAACGACACUCCAGUGGAGGAUGUGCUGGCUGCUGCAAGCUACCUGCACAUGAAUGACAUUGUCAAGGUCUGCAAGAAGAAGCUGCAGGCACGGGCACUGGCAGAGGCUGACAGCACUAAGAAGGAGGAGGACUCCCCAGCCAGCUCUGAGUUCCUGCCCAGCACCUCCAAGUGCCAGCUGCAGAGCCCUGAGGUCCUGCCACCACCUCUGCAUCUGUGUGAGGCAGGAAAGAACAAGAAGGAGGAGUGGAAGAAUAACCCCUUUGAGAAAGCAGGCCCCCAGCAGCCUCCAGCACCAACUGCAGACAUGGCAGAUACUACCCAGCCAGGCAUGGAGGGCGACUCCCCCCGUGGCCCCGUCUUGGGUAGGCCUCUCCCCCCAGUCACUGCAGACGUUUCUCUGUCCAGCCCCAGCAGCUCCACCGAAACCAUCUCCCACAGCUACUUUCCCCCAGGCAAUGUGGCAGAGGCACCAUCCGGCCUGGAAACCAUCCCUGAGAGCUUAGCCGUGGAGCCACGGGUGGGCAACUUAGAUGGCUUCUACCCCAAGGAGCUGGACAGGGGUCCCAUCAAAGUGAAGGUGGAAGCCAUUGUGAUCUCUGAUGAGGAGCCGGACACAGUGGAGCAGCUGGAGAGGCGGAGCAUGGAAAUGAGGAUGGAGAGCAUCUUCCAGAGGCCCACAGUGGAGGUGGGGCCAGCUGGGGGCUGCAAUCGCCACCCCAAUGGCUUUGAGGAGCCCGGUGGCAUAGAGGAGGUGUCCUCAGAGGGCGGCUUCCUUCCACAGGAGCAUCUCCCCUACCACAUGAUCCCAGUGCCGGGUGGACAGGGCUACUCCAACAUGGUGACACCGCCACUGCAUGAGCAGAUGUACCUGCCAGAGUACGAGGCACACCCCAACUUCGGUAUCUUCACUGAGGACGUCCCCACCUGCAAGACGUGCGGCAAGACCUUCUCCUGCUCCUACACACUGCGGCGCCAUGCCACUGUGCACACGCGCGAGCGCCCCUAUGAGUGCCGCUACUGCAUGCGCAGCUACACCCAGUCUGGGGACCUGUACAGGCACAUCCGCAAGGCCCACAAUGAAGACCUGGCAGCCAAGCGCUGUAAACAGGACGUGGAGAACCCCUCGUAGUGAACCACAUCUACCCUACCCAGGGAUAUAGGACAAGCCGGACGCUCCUCAGCAGUACAGGGGAAGCCUUUGGAUUCUCUCCUGUAGAGAUGGGUUGGAGGUGUGGUGAGGCCCCCCCAGAUGCUAGCAGGGAAUUUUGAACUCUAAUCAGGAGCCACAGCGACCAUAGAAACAGGCCUCACUCCAAACCAGCAGCUGCUCUGGUUCAUGCCCUUGAUCAGUCGUCUUCCUGCCCAAGCCACAUGUACCACCUCCCUGCCUGCCGGAAGGAGUCGCUGUCAUUUCUUAUACAGGGUAGACCUGUGCUGGGCACACUACACUGGCCUUUCCCCCUUGGACUGCUGCCAGCUUUGUAAAUAGUUUGGAAAUAGCUGCAUUGAUCAGAAUAAUUUAAAUUCUAACCAGGAAACACUUCCACAUAUAUUUAUGCUCAGAGUGGGUCACAGCAGCUGGGAGUUCAGACCCAGGACAGUAUCUGACUGUCAGGGUUAUUAUUAUCCUGGGCAGGAGCUCUGCACAGAGAGGGGUUUAGAGUGAUUGCUUCAGAGUGAGUUUGAGCAGACACACAACCUUCACUUCUCCCACCCUCCACUCCCAGCGCUGCCCCCUUCUGUUGGUUGUUUUUAACUUGGCAUAAAUACUUAUGCCCAGACAGACACGCUCUCCUUGAAGGUUACUCUCAUUCAUCUUAAUCCCCCUUAGACAGAGGCUCCGCUUUUAGGGUUGUAUUUUUAAGUAAAUCAUGGUUCUCUUUUCAAGAGGAUAUGAAGUGAGUUUUAAAAAAAAUGGUUUCCCACCAAUGGGGGUGGCCCUUCCAGCCCCCCAGGAAUGAGCAGGGAGUAGCCCAACAUCCCAGAGGAUAAGUUCCCAGCAGCUAUGAGGCUUUAGGGCCAACGAGCCCUUCUGCAAACCACCCAGGAAGGGACAAAAAGGUGAAAGGUGGGUUAUUUGCAUGGAAUGGUUUGUACCAGUUUUGUCUGUGCUGCUAACUGUGGAGCUUUUGGACGCAAGGGCAGAUUGGUAGAAAACACCUAAAGCCAAGAAACCUGCUUGUGAAAACCCUCCUAAGGUUCCAGGCUGAGAGUUUCUGAUUCCCAUUGUUUUUAGUGUCAUGGCAGCAUUUGGGCCCCUGACUGCUCAAGACCACCCCAUGGCCCUAGCUCUUUAAGCUCAAGUUGCCCCUCCCAGUCAAUACAUCUUUGUUCCCCCACACUGCCCCAGCAGUGAAUGCAGCAGGGUUCCUGCUCACUCCAGGGGGAGGGACAGACUCCAGAAGCUGCUGUGCUGCUAAACUGUCCUCAUAUCAGCCCUUCUCCUCCACCUACCAAACCCAACAGCCCAGAGCAGCCAUCUUUUAUCUGACUCAUCAUUUGAUCCUCUAAAUAUAAAGCCCAGAGUGAAAGUGCUUCUAGGACUCAUUUCUGUACAAAGCCGGGAGUUGGGGUCACUGCCCAGGACAAAAGUUCAAUAGAAAAAACUAGCACCAAGUGCUUCCGCUGUCUGUGCUGUGGUCUUCUCUCCAGCACGUUUUGGUGUCAUUAGAGGGGUCAGCUCCGCUGCAGCUCUGGUCUCUCUGGCUCAGGCCGACAAAGAAGUCCCUUUAUCCGCAGGACAGGCUGCAGCAGCGCAACCUGCAUGAU